CCCUCUUCCCGCAUGUAUUGCUGCAGUGCCCAGGACAGUAAGAUGGACUAUAAGCGGCGCUUCCUGCUUGGCGGGUCCAAGCAGAAGGUGCAGCAGCACCAGCAGUACCCAAUGCCUGAGCUGGGUCGAGCACUGAGUACUCCACUGGCAUCAACAGCCGCCUCUACUCCCUUGGGUGGUCUGACUGCUGCAGGCAGUUGCCACCAUACCAUGCCCCACUCCACUCCCAUUGCUGACAUCCAGCAGGGCAUCUCCAAAUACCUGGACGCCCUCAAUGUCUUUUGCCGUGCCAGUUCUUUCCUCACAGACCUCUUCAGCACUGUAUUCAGGAACUCUCACUACUCCAAGGCAGCCAUGCAGCUUAAAGAUGUGCAGGAGCAUGUCAUGGAAGCAGCCAGUCGGCUGACCUCAGCCAUAAAGCCUGAGAUCGCCAAGAUGUUGAUGGAACUUAGUGCGGGGGCUGCAAAUUUUACAGAUCAGAAGGAAUUCAGUGUCCAGGACAUUGAGGUGUUGGGACGAUGUUUUUUGACAGUGGUGCAAGUCCAUUUCCAGUUUUUGACCCAGGCAUUACAGAAGGUGCAGCCCGUGGCCCACUCUUGCUUUACUGAGUUGGUUGUACCAGAAAAAAAGAACAGUGGCAGUGGCUUACCUGGCAUGAGCCACACGCCUGAACUGGAGGAAGCGGUGCGAUCCUGGCGGGGGGCUUCUGAGGCCACCUCUAGACUAAGAGAAAGGGGGUGUGAUGGCUGCCUGGCAGGAAUAGAGGUUCAGCAGCUCUUCUGUUCUCAAAGUGCAGCAAUUCCAGAUCACCAGCUAAAAGAACUGAACAUAAAAAUUGACAAUGCUUUGCAAGCAUAUAAGGUAGCUCUGGAAAGCUUAGGCCACUGUGAAUAUGCAAUGAAAGCUGGCUUCCACUUGAAUCCAAAGGAGAUUGAAGCAAGUUUACAGGGCUGCUGCAGCGAAGUGGAAGCCCACCAGACAGGACGGAGGAAGACCCCCCCGCAGCCCAUGCAGUGCGAGCUCCCCACUGUCCCUGUGCAAAUAGGAUCGCACUUCCUGAAGGGUGUCUCCUUUAAUGAAUCAGCUGGUGACAAUCUGAAACUUAAGACGCAUACAAUGUUAGAACUGAUCAAGGAGGCAGGCUGCUAUAAUGGAAUCACACCCAGGGAUGAUGUUCCUGUGACUGAAGUACUGAACCAGGUUUGCCCAUCCACAUGGCGUGGUGCCUGCAAGACUGCCGUGCAGCUGCUGUUCGGCCAAGCAGGGCUGGUGGUGGUUGACACAGCCCAGAUUGAAAAUAAAGAAGCCUAUGCUCCCCAGAUCAGUUUAGAAGGUUCCAGGAUUGUGGUUCAAGUCCCAUCUACAUGGUGCCUGAAAGAAGACCCUGCUACUAUGUCCCUCCUACAGAGAAGUCUUGAUCCUGAGAAGACCCUGGGUCUGGUUGAUGUGCUCUACACAGCUGUGUUGGACCUAAACCGCUGGAGGGCAGGGAGGGAGCAAGCUUUACCCUGUAUUCAGAUUCAGCUACAAAGAGAGAUCUGUGACUUUGGAAAUCAGACUGACCUGCCUGCUGGAAAUGGAAACAAAUCUUCAGGCCUCCAGAAGACAUUUGCUAAACUGACAUCCCGGUUCACCAAGAAAGCUUCUUGCACCAGCUCCAGCAGUAACACGAAUUAUUCCAACCCCAAUACCCCUUCCAAAAACAUCUUCAUAGCUGGGUAUUCAGAAGAGAAGGCCAAAAUGUCCAGUAAUGUUGAUGCAAGAUUGCAAAGCAUUUUGAACACUGGUAAUUUCCCUAGAACAACAGACCUUUCACAGUCUGCUCAGAAUGCUGGUAAUCAGAUGGCCAAUGGCUUUAUCAUGGACAGGCAUGAGAACUUCUUGCAUGGAGAUGAUGGCAAAGAUGAGAAGGGUAUGAACUUACCAACUGAUCAGGAAAUGCAGGAGGUGAUAGACUUUCUCUCAGGCUUUAACGUGGGCCAGUCCCACCAGGGCUCUCCACUGAUGACACGGCGUGAUUCUGCCACCCCAGCCAUGGUGACUGAACAAAAGGCAGGAGCCGUGCAGCCACCACUGCCAGUGCCCCCUGCAAGACCUCCCCAGGCUGGAGCACACACACCUCUGACAUCCCAGCUGGGUCUGGCACCUCAGCAACAGUCCCCAAAGCAACAGCAGCCCCACGUCCAAUACUACCAGCACCUGCUCCAGCCCAUUGGGCCUCAGCAGCCCCCACCCCAGCCUCGAGCACCUGGGAAAUGGGUGCAUGGCUCAUCCCAGCAGCCAGCACAGCCUGUUGGAGCAGGUCUGUCUCCUCUUGGCCAAUGGCCUGGCAUAUCUGAUCUCAGUUCUGACUUAUACAGCUUGGGCUUGGUGAGCAGCUAUAUGGAUAAUGUGAUGUCAGAGGUUUUGGGACAGAAACCUCAGGGACCUCGAAAUAACACCUGGCCAAACCGUGACCAAAGCGAUGGAGUCUUUGGGAUGUUGGGAGAGAUUCUGCCAUUUGAUCCUGCAGUGGGUUCAGACCCAGAGUUUGCUCGCUAUGUGGCAGGAGUCAGUCAGGCAAUGCAGCAAAAACGGCAAGCCCAGCAUGGUCGUCGCUCAGGCAACCCCAGAGGCAACUGGCCACCUAUGGAGGAUACCCAUCAGACCUGGCCUUUACCGGAGUUCUUCACAGAAGGGGAUGCUCUACCCAGUGGCUGGUCAGGUGCUCAAGGAGACUCAGCUAGCUCAAGUGACGAGACAUCCUCCGCUAAUGGAGACAGCUUAUUCUCCAUGUUUUCUGGUCCAGACCUCGUUGCAGCUGUCAAGCAGAGAAGGAAACACAACAGUGGAGAGCAGGAGACCAGCAUGCUGCCCUCGCCACCACUUCUUCCUACCGUGGAAGACAUGAACCAGGAUAAUAAAACCAAAACGUGGCCACCCAAAGCCCCUUGGCAGCACUCUUCCACUCUGCUCAGCACACUGCCCAGUCCAAGCACACCUCUCUACGCAGUGGCCAGCCCUGGCAGUCAGUGGAACGACACCAUGCAGAUGUUGCAGUCCCCAGUGUGGGCUGCCACCAGCAACUGCAGUGCUGCCUCCUUUACCUACGUGCAGACUCCCCCACAGCCCCCACCCCCACCAGCACAUAAGGCAGCACCCAAGGGCUUCAAGGCCUUCCCUGGGAAGGCUGAGCGCAGGCCAGCCUACUUGCCCCAGUACUGACCCACGGUCAGCCUGCCCACCUGC